CACUGGUUAAUUUUCUGCAACUCAGGAACUUACACGGCACAUUGUGUAAACAAGGAAGUUUUCUGAGCAAGUCUUGUAUAGAUUCCUUUUGAUCGUACAGAUCUGCAGCACAAGAACAUGGGUGCUCUCGGUUUCUGGCUGUGCCUUAUGGCUCCUCUGUUGACUGCAUCUCUUCCAGUGUCCCCAUGGAGUGACAGACAACAGGGGGUUACAGGACAGUUUUGGCAUAUUUCAGACCUACACCUGGAUUUCUCCUAUCACCUCACUGAUGAUCACACUAAAGUGUGUUUGUCCUCUAAGGGUGCCAAUGCCUCACACCCUGGAAUCUUUGGAGACUUUCUAUGUGAUUCCCCAUAUGGGCUUAUUUUAUCAGCAAUUCAGUACAUAAAAGAUUCAGAGCAAAAAGUCGACUUUAUGAUAUGGACUGGAGAUAGUCCCCCUCAUGUUCCCGUAAAUGAGCUGUCUACAAAAAUAGUGAUAGACGUCAUUAAAAACAUGACCACUACCAUUCGUACACUCUUACCCGACAUGCUUGUAUUUCCUGCACUUGGGAACCAUGACUACUGGCCACAGGAUCAGCUGCCUGUAUCAGGCAGUGAAAUUUACACAGCAGUUGCAGAGUUCUGGAAACCCUGGCUGUCUGAUGAAACUCUCACCACAUUCCGGAAAGGAGGGUACUAUUCUCAGAUCUACAAGACAAAUGCCUCUGGUAUUCCUCUAAGAAUCAUCAGUUUAAACACAAAUCUGUAUUACUCUCCCAAUAAAGAGACAUUUAACAUUACUGACCCAGCCGAUCAGUUUGCUUGGCUGGAAGAGACGCUACAAUUUUCCCGCCAAAACAAUGAAAAGGUGUAUGUCAUUGCACAUGUUCCUAUUGGCUACCUACCAUUUACAGAAAUGAUACCUGCAAUGAGAACCCAUUUCAACGAGAGGCUGGUGGAAAUCUUUUGCGACUAUAAUGACAUUAUUGAUGGACAGUUUUACGGACAUACUCACCGGGACAGCAUUAUGGUUGUUCUGGAUAAAAAAGAGAAUCCAGUUGGAUCAGUCUUUGUUACACCAGCUGUUACACCCAUUAAGUCUGCAUCAGAGAAGGAGUCCAAUAACCCAGGAUUCCGUCUAUUCAAGUAUGAUACCAGCUCCUACACUUUACAGGAUUUAUGGCAUUACUAUUUAAAUCUCACUGAUGCAAACUUAAAACAAGAAGCUACCUGGAAGCUGGAAUAUAUUAUGACCAAACAGUACAGUAUAAAGGAUCUCAAGCCUGAAAGCUUGUAUGAACUUGCCAAACAAUUUCAAAAGCCAAACAGUAUCGAAUUCCAAAACUACUACAGGAAUUACCUAGUAAACUUUGAUGCACCUGAGGGUUGUGAUGAAGCAUGCAAACGGAGGCAGUUAUGUGCAAUAAUGCAUGUUGAUUCAAGCUCUUAUUUUCAUUGUAUUGUUGAUCGUUUUGAACAUGAUACAGAGGGCAUGCUUAAUUCUUUCAUGACAGCAUAG